AGGAUUCAAGAAGAUAGCAAGAAAAUUCUGUGAAUUGGAAAAUCUAUAUCUGAUUGUGAGAGGAAUCAGAGGUGUGUCCCGAAGAGUACAAGUUCCAUGUGCGAAACAGGGUGAUGGACGGACAGUAUGAUCCACAGAUCGACAACGUCAUAUACAGAACGCGACAGCAGGCUGCAUCCUGUAGCAAGGAAUACCAGAUAGAGUCUUGAGAAGGAUUCCCAUCACCGCAUGAACAACUGAGGAAGCUUUCGGGUUGGCACUCUGAGAGCUGAUGCUCGUGCAGCAUCGGUCACCACUGACCGAGGUGGAUGCCCCUGUCGCAGCGAGCAAUCACUCCAAAAGCAUCUCCUGCUGCCGCGCUUCCUACCCUACAGGGUGGACCGCAUCGGGCACCCCAAUUGAAUGAGCGCAAGGGGGGCAUGACACGGCUGUGCCAUGUGUUCCUGGCCAUUCUGGGCCUGCAUUGCAUCACGCUCGUCCUGGCGGGUGCAUGGCCGCACGAGGAUGGCAGCGUCAUCAGGACGGUGCUCCUCCCUGAGCUGCUGUUCUGGCAAGGCGUCCUGCCCAAUGGCUCCUCCGGCAACCUACCAGCCUGGCAUGCAGCUGGCCGGCGAAGGGACUCGGAGGACGAGCCAGGUGGGCACGCUAAGAAGUUUGUGAAUGGGCAUCCCUGGCACCCCACCCACGGUCAAGGGGAGGCUGCCAUGCGCGAAUUGGAGAGCGUCAACAAGCAGGCCGCCAGUGAGGAGACGCUCCUGGUGCAGGUCGCAGCAAAGAAGAAAGAGGAGGCUGCGCAGCAGAUCGAGGGUUGGCCUCGCGAAGGACUUUGGGGUGCACUUGUCUCUUUCUUAGUGGAGGACAAGGUGACGUGGGCUGACAGGCUGGCAGAGCAUCUGAAGGCGCGCACCCUGGAUGCCUGGGAGGACGAUCGACUGGCUCAGUUUGAGGCUGGGCAGACCAUUCUCAGGGCGGAUGCAAAGGCGGGUCAACUUGCUGUCAGCAUUGGCCAAGAUGCCCAUGUGCGGUCACCUGAUCGCUGUGCCGCCGCACUGCGCAUGCCGAAGGUGGCCUUCAUGUUCUUGACGAGGGGGGUGCUGUAUCACGAGAGGACGUGGGAUUUGUGGUUCCGUGGGGCGGUGGGGCUUCUGCCGCUGGCUUCCCUGCAGGCAGCUGACUGCGAGGCAGGUCUGUUGGACCACUUGAAGCACAGCUGCGGCGCCAAGUCAGGCGCUGGGUUGCUGCAGCAGCAACACCUCUUCAGCGUCUACGCCCAUGUCGGCGCCAAUGAGGUCAACUGGAAGGGCUUUCCUGAGGACAGCAUGUUCCAUGGGCGGGAGAUAACAGAGCGGGUGACGGUGAAGUGGGGCACCUUUGCUCUGGUGGAAGCCACGCGGGCGCUGAUGCGGGCGGCGCUGGAGGACAGCCUGAAUCAGAAGUUUGUGCUGCUGUCGGAAGCGGGCAUCCCCCUGUACCCGCCAGACACCUUCUACAUGCAGCUCAUGUCCGAGCGCAAGAGCCGCAUCAACUCCUGUGUCAUCCCCGGGGUGGAGAGAGAUGUGCACAGAUGGAUCUGGCGGAUGGAGACGGAAAGCAUGCGUCAGGAGCACUGGCGGAAAAGCAGCCAAUGGGUGACACUGGGGAGGAAGCAUGCGGAGAUCGCAGUGGAGGACACGGAGAUUGCGAGCUCCUUUGGAGCUGAGUGCCAGCCUUCCUGGCGCGAUGGUUGGUGGAGGGACUGCUACUCUGACGAGCACUAUUUUGCGACGCUACUGGCGACCAAGAACCUGGACCAUGAGACGGACUGCGAGGGGCAGACGAUGCACGUGGACUGGAGCUUUGGCGGCGAGCACCCGCGCUCCUACUCUGUCCGUGAAACCACCUCCUCAAAGCUGAGGCAGCUGAGGCAGCCCAGCCAGGGCUGCAGCUACGCAGAGGCCAUCAGGACGUCUGCGGCGCAGUUUGUGCAUGUGGACAACCUCACGCAGGUCACAUGCCGGGCGGAGCGGGUGCCCUAUGCCGGCUCUCUGGGCUACCAGUGCCCCCUCAUGGCGCGCAAGUUUGCCCCAGAGACUGCGGCCCACAUCCACGGCCUCAUCACCGACUGCAGCAGCCGCCUCAACAUAUCCAGGAUCAGUGGCUGCUAGGCAUGAUCGCCAACGACGUUUUCAUGACAAGAUGGAAAUACCUACAAGGCUGCAUGGUGACCAGUGCUAUUUCUGCUUGUGAUGUUUUCUGGAGCAGCCCAAAGUUGUCGCCUUCUUCAGUGUUGUCCCACAGAAUUAUUUGUCGGGUGAUCUUUUGGGAUGUGUCUCAGGACCCUGAGUGAGGGUCAGUUCGCAGCGGGUAUCCUGCCCCAAUGCCCGCCAUGCAUGCUAUUGAGACAUGGGUAGAUUUUGGCAGCGUCUGCUUGUGACUGCAGGAAGGACUGGGCUCAUUUGUAAAGUGCUUCUUAGACCUUGCUGUGUCACUCGAGGACCUGUGCAACUCAUAUUACGUGCUUCACGCCGCCAUUGGAAUUGCCGGCAACUCGUUGAGGUUGUCCCUGGCUGUUGCUGAUGUGCGAGAGAAAGGGGCGUGCGUGGAUGAUGACAGACCAGACUGCGCCCCAUCCUUUUUAUUGAUGCUGCAGCGCCCAGAAAGAGGCUGUCUGAGAAUGAUGCAUGCGAAUACGUGGUAUGAAAAUGCAGACCUCUACAUGGGAGGCUACGACUGAGCAAGGAAAUGGGCCUCAAGACCACCGCUUGAUCUAAUUGUUAGGGUCCCUUGGUGUCUCCUUAAUGACACAUUCAAGACUGUAGGAGACAACGCAAUGUGAUUAUCUGCAUUGCUUUUGCAGGACAGAUCAACGCUAGGUGUGAUUCUUGCAUGCCUGAUGCGCCUGUUUGUGUGCUUGGUGUAUGUGUUCUGUGUGAAAGUUUGCUCUGAGCAGAUGACUUUCCCAGAAAUCAGUCGCCAUGAU